AUGAACGAUGCGGGGAACUUUGCGGACGCUUCUGGAGUGAUCAUUGGUGCGACGAUAUCGAGAUUGCCACAUUCGAGUCUGGCACCUAGCGGUUUAGUAGAACUGGAUCUAGCUGUUUCGGUAUUUCAAAAGGGUGCUUCGCAAUCUCUUCGCGCUAGGCAGGGGCUGCCGUAUCUGCUCAAGCUGAAGGAGCGGGCGAAUGAGGCAUUCCGGCUAUACCGCGACAAACGCACGAACCCAUCGGGUGAUUUCAAGCUGCAGCCACCUGAAGAAUAUUACUACAAGGACGCCCUGGCAAUCUUCGGUGGUCAGACGCGGAUCUUGCCAACCAAGUCCAAAUUCAAGUCGCGCAUGCAACGCACUUCUCAGCGUUCCCCAUCUCUGCCUCAAUCUCAAUCAAGCCCCCGCGAAUCAAGCUCAUCAAGUCAGCAUGCCCCAUCUCCUCCUUCGUCGUCGUCAUCAUGUCAAGUAUCUACGCCAAGUGAUAGCGAAGCAACCUCUACACCUCCCGAGCUUCACCCCUCGCUGAUGAUGUAUCUGUCACAAGUGCCGUCGCAGCCUCCGUUACAAACAGGGGACAUGACGCAACUGGGACUGGAGCAGAUGAUUCAAGCAUGCCCCCCACCAGUGAUGGAACACAUGUCCAUGCCUCUUCCCGUCCCACCUCAGCUAGACGAGCAACUUCCUCAUACGGAUCUGGACUUCCUUGGUAGCUUGCUCGGCAAUCCUCAAUAUCAACCACCACCGACAUUCGGACAAGACGUUAACAUGCAAAUGGUCUCCGGUGGGUUCGAUGUGCCCCCGUUUGCCAACGGGGAUGUCAUCAUGAGCGAUCAGUGGAUGUCGCUCAUGCAUGAAACUGGUAUGCUCGACGGGGUCGAUCAUUUUUCGCAGGAGACCGGAUUCCCAUCCGAGAUGUUCAACUUCUAG